AUGAAGCAAUGGGUUAUAGACCACCCGGACAAGAACAUGGGUGGCUUGACUUUGACCGAAGCCCCUCUUCCUCAGGUCGGUGUCAACGAAGUCCUGGUGAAAUUCCAAGCAGCAAGCCUCAAUUAUCGUGACUGUGCCAUAGCCAAGGGCACGUUCCCAUUUGCUAAGAAAUAUCCAAUUGUCCCCGUUUCCGAUGGUGCCGGUGUGGUGGUUGAAGUUGGAUCCCAAGUCAGGGAAUUCAGAAAGGGUGAUACAGUUAUCACAGUCUUUAACCAAGGACAUCAAUAUGGUGAUAUCGACCCUUAUGCUGCAUCAACUGGCGUUGGUGGGACAAUCGACGGCGUCCUUCGUCAGUAUGGAGUGUACAAUGAGUUGGGACUGGUCAAAGCCCCGAAAAACUUGACUGCCUUGGAGAGCAGUACCCUGCCAGGCGCAGCGCUCACAAGCUGGAACGCUUUAUAUGGCCUUAAACCCAUCAAAGCAGGGCAAUCUGUGCUGGUCCAGGGAACUGGGGGCGUCAGUGUGUUUGGACUGCAGUUAGCGAAAGCCGCAGGUGCCAUAGUUAUCGCCACAACCUCUUCAGAUACUAAGGCCAAGAAGCUCAAAGAGCUAGGGGCUGAUCAUGUUAUUAACUACCGGACCACCCCAAACUGGGGUGAAGUCGCCCGCGAACUCACUCCCAACCAGAUGGGCGUUGACUGCAUCAUGGACAUCGGAGGCACUGAUACACUUGAACAGAGUUUUAAAUGUAUCAAGAUGGAGGGAAUCAUCAACUUAAUUGGUUUCCUAGGCGCAAGUGACAGGCCUCAACCCGGACUUCUGGACGCUCUAAGCCAUAUCUGCACAGCUCGGGGUAUCUACGUUGGCAGCCGUGCUAUGCUGAAAGACAUGGUCCAGGCCUUUGAAACAAACGAUAUUCAUCCCGUCCUUGACCAAAAGGUCUUUAAUCUCGAACAGGGUCGAGAAGCCUUUGAAUACUUGGCGGCCCAGAGGCAUAUUGGUAAAGUGGUUGUUAAAAUUGACUAA